AUGUCGUCUUACCUCACAUUACUAUUGAGAUCAUACUGCUUCUUGGGCGAAGAAAUUCCAACUAUUAAAUCUCCUGAAUCAAGAAAUACUACUUCAAGACAUCAUUCACUAGGGGUUAAUAAAGAUGCAGAAUUUGACAUUGUUGUGCAAUCAAAUGAAAUGUUGUUAAAACGGAAUUGUCGAUGCAAUUGUCACAGAAUUCAAUACUCGACAAAAUCUGCAAAUGAUAUUACCAGAACUUACGACUCAACCAAUAAUGUUAACACUCCUGAAAAUUCAAAAAAUAAUAUUUGUACUUAUGAGGCAACAACUACCGCUGGUCUAAUGGAAAUUCAGAUUACAAUUUAG